AAUAAAAGACUAGUGGCCCUGGUGCCCAUGCCCAGUGACCCUCCGUUCAACACCCGAAGAGCCUACACCAGCGAGGAUGAAGCGUGGAAGUCGUACCUGGAGAACCCCCUGACGGCAGCCACCAAGGCCAUGAUGAGCAUCAAUGGGGACGAGGACAGCGCGGCUGCCCUCGGCCUGCUCUACGACUACUACAAGGUUCCUCGAGACAAGAGGCUGCUGUCUGUGAGCAAAGCAGCUGACAGUCAAGAAGAUCAGGAGAAAAGAAACUGUCUUGGCACCAGUGAAGCCCAGAGCAAUUUGAGUGGAGGAGAGAACCGAGUGCAGGUCCUAAAGACUGUGCCAGUGAACCUUUGCCUCAACCAAGACCACCUGGAGAAUUCCAAGCGGGACCAGUACAGCGGCAGCAUCCCCGAGAGCCCCGCGGUCAUCCCCGUGUCGGGCAUUGCCGUGGUGAAGGCAGAAGAUUUCACGCCAGUGUUCAUGACCCCACCAGUGCACUACCCGCGGGGAGACGGCGAGGAGCAGCGGGUUGUCAUCUUUGAACAGACUCAAUACGACGUGCCCGCCAUAGCCGCGCACAGCACCUAUCUCAAGGAGGACCAGCGCAGCACCCCGGACAGCACCUACAGCGAGAGCUUCAAGGACGGAGCCACGGAGAAAUUUCGGAGUGCUUCUGUCGGGGCCGAGGAGUACAUGUAUGACCAGACUUCAAGUGGCACGUUUCAGUACACCCUGGAAGCCACCAAGUCGCUCCGCCAGAAGCAGGGGGAAGGCCCCAUGACCUACCUCAACAAAGGACAGUUCUACGCCAUCACGCUCAGCGAGACCGGGGACAACAAAUGCUUCCGCCACCCCAUCAGCAAAGUCAGGAGCGUGGUGAUGGUGGUGUUCAGUGAAGACAAAAACCGAGAUGAACAACUGAAAUACUGGAAGUACUGGCACUCUCGGCAGCACACAGCAAAACAGAGGGUUCUCGACAUCGCCGACUACAAGGAGAGCUUCAACACGAUCGGAAACAUCGAAGAGAUUGCCUACAACGCGGUUUCCUUUACCUGGGACGUGAAUGAGGAGGCCAAGAUUUUCAUCACCGUGAACUGCCUGAGUACAGACUUCUCCUCCCAAAAAGGAGUGAAGGGACUUCCUCUGAUGAUCCAGAUCGACACCUACAGCUAUAAUAAUCGUAGCAACAAGCCCAUUCACAGAGCCUAUUGCCAGAUCAAGGUCUUCUGUGACAAAGGAGCAGAAAGAAAAAUCCGAGACGAAGAGAGAAAGCAGAACAGGAAGAAAGGGAAAGGCCAGGCCUCCCAAACCCAGUGCAACAACUCCUCUGAUGGGAAGUUGGUGGCCAUACCUUUGCAGAAGAAGAGUGACAUCACCUACUUCAAAACCAUGCCCGACCUGCACUCACAGCCCGUUCUCUUCAUUCCCGACGUGCAUUUUGCGAACCUGCAGAGGACCGGACAGGUUUAUUACAACACGGAUGAUGAACGAGAAGGCAGCGGUGUCCUUGUUAAGCGGAUGUUCAGGCCCAUGGAAGAAGAGUUUGGUCCAGCACCUUCCAAGCAGAUAAAGGAAGAAGGGGUGAAACGAGUGCUUCUGUACGUGAGGAAGGAGACGGACGACGUGUUUGAUGCUUUGAUGCUGAAGUCCCCCACAGUCAAGGGACUGAUGGAGGCGAUAUCUGAGAAGUAUGGGCUGCCUGUGGAGAAGAUAGCAAAGCUUUACAAGAAAAGCAAAAAAGGCAUCCUGGUGAACAUGGAUGACAACAUCAUCGAACACUACUCGAACGAGGACACCUUCAUCCUCAACAUGGAGAGCAUGGUGGAAGGCUUCAAGGUCACGCUCAUGGAAAUCUGA